AGACGUUCUCGCUCAAGGCUCCAGGCUCCAGAUGCCUACGGGGCACGAUCAGAGCAGAAAACUUGACCCUCCAGUUGCGCUGUGAUCGGCCGCAGUUCGCCAUGGAUGUGCAAGUGCGGCCACCAGACUUCAUCUCAACGCUGGAACACAUGUCCAAGCUCAAGGACUACCUGCUGCACCUGCACGAGAGCGAGGUCGCGCAGCACAGGGACGAGAGUAGCCGCCUCAGGAAGGACGUCAUCACCCUACGCGCCCUCGUGAAGAAGAACUUCGACGACAGGACCAUCGAGCACACCGCAUCGGACCCCUUGGGCUCCACCUGGACAUGCGACUCGGGAGCCCUUGACGUCGAGAGGGUGCUGACGGAGCCCGUGGUGCUCGACUGAGAACGCACUCCAUACACAGAGGGUUUCCGAGCUCCGCGCGGACCUCCUGGAUCCGCGCUGGGGCCUCCCUGGCGGCGCCUCCCGCGCCGCCCCAUUGCGCUCUUCGCACGCCAGGGAGGAAGGCUCAGCGCGGCUCCGGGAAAGCCGCGCGGGGUUCCGAAAGGUUUGGGCUUUCAUUCC